CUGAAGCUGUGCUCAGAUGGGCUGUGGCUCCGCAGCAUCUCUUCCUCCAGCCGGAAGGAGGUGUGGCUUCACUUCCGCUUGAGCUCGCGACGCCGAAGUAGGUAGCGCAGAUCUCCUCCGCUUUGUUCUCUACACGGUUUGUGACUCGCUCUACUACAACGGCGGUCGAGGACAAAGGAAACGAAGACUAAGAUUUUGAAGCUUUAAAGUGUCUACAUGGCCGUCAGAAGAGGACACAUAAGAUAUUUAAAAGUUUGUGAGGUUCAGAACCAGGGUAAUGACAGAGACUCACACAAGGGUGGCAGCUCAGUAAAGCAGGAAGAAUACGACAUGCCGAAUGGUUACGAGGACCACAUGGGCGAUGAGCCGAGCGAUGCGAAAACCAACCUGAUUAUCAACUACCUGCCUCAGAACAUGAGUCAGGAGGAGCUUCGAAGUCUCUUCAGCAGCAUUGGCGAGGUGGAGUCGGCCAAACUCAUAAGAGACAAGAUGGCAGGCCACAGUUUAGGGUACGGAUUUGUUAACUAUGUUAACCCUAAUGAUGCAGAAAGGGCAAUCAAUACACUCAAUGGCCUGAGACUACAGUCUAAAACUAUCAAGGUCUCAUAUGCCCGGCCAAGCUCUGACAGCAUCAAAGAUGCCAACCUGUACAUCAGCGGUUUACCCAAGACCAUGGCGCAGAAGGAUGUAGAGGACAUGUUUACCCAGUAUGGGCAUAUCAUAAACUCCCGCAUACUGGUCGAUCAGGCUUCUGGUCUGUCGCGUGGAGUUGCAUUCAUUCGUUUUGAUAAGAGGUCUGAAGCGGAAGAAGCCAUCAAGGAUCUUAAUGGGUCCAAACCAGCUGGUGCCUCUGAACCAAUCACAGUGAAGUUUGCUGCCAAUCCAAACCAGACCAAGAAUUCCCAGCUGCUCUCUCAGCUGUACCACACUCAAUCCCGUCGGUUCGGUGGACCUGUUCAUCACCAGGCACAGCGCUUCAGGUUUUCACCCAUGAGUGUUGACCACAUGAGCAGCGCCUCUGGUAUGAAUGUGUCAAGCAGCUCUUCCUCUGGAUGGUGUGUCUUCAUCUACAAUUUGGGUCAAGAUGUAGACGAAGGCAUCCUGUGGCAGAUGUUUGGUCCGUUCGGCGCUGUCACCAACGUCAAGGUCAUCCGUGACUUUAACACCAACAAAUGCAAAGGGUUCGGGUUUGUUUCCAUGACAAAUUACGAGGAGGCAGCAAUGGCCAUUGCCAGCCUGAACGGAUACCGCAUGGGAGACAGAGUCCUACAAGUGUCAUUCAAAACCAGCAAGUCUCACAAGUAAAGGGACUGGGGGGUUUUUUGUGUUGUAAGAGAACCUGAAAGAAGGUUUGUUCUGAAGAUUUCAGUUAUUGUUGACUGUCUACAUAAACAUACUCAUACAUUUGUGUUGGGGUGAAAAAAGUGCUAGUGUUUUACUCUGGGGGUUGAGAAAAAAAAAACCUGGACAAUUUAAAAGUUUAAGAUAUAUAUAUAUAUAUCUGAAGUUUUUUUUUUUUUUUUUGGUAAACUGUUAUGAUGCCUUAAAGAUAUCAUGGCAUUGUCGCUCUUUCCUUUUUAAUCCCUCUUCCCUUAAUCACACUGGACUUAUUGGUCCCGUUUUCUUCAUUAUAUUAUAUUGUGAAAGCUUUUAGCUUUAUUGUCAGUACAAACUACACAUCCCCACCUCUUAAAUAGUGACUAGUCCCAUUCUUCAGUGCUCUUGCUCACCCAUCUGUAAGGUAAAAGAACGUUGGAAGGACCAAAGAACUCGGAGUGUAAAGCAUAUGCCUUUAAGUUUUAGUUCUCCUGUUUGGAAGUUAAAUCUAAGACUGCAAGUGUUGUCAUCUAGGAUGUCUUUUUUUUUUGUCCCCCCCCACUGCAAUUUGCAUUUGUUUUUUAAAUCAAGUUCUUUUGUUUGAUAUUAAAGUUUGUUUUGCAUUUAACAGCAUGUUUCUUUUUGUGUUUUGUCUUGUUUUAUUUGGAAGGAGCAUUUUAAAAUAUUUUUUUCAUGAUCUUUUUAAGCGGCAUUGAAUUCACUCCCCACAUCGUGUUAAAGGUCUGGGACGUUUCUGGAUGAAUUUGAGUCUGAUAGGAGCAGAGUUGUAGGCACAUGUCUGAAAGUUGUCAGUCUAGAAUUACACAUUUGCUUGCGGUGUUUGCUGAAUUUACAUUAAUAGUGCAUUUUAAUGUAGUGUUUAUUCUGUACUUAGUCAAUCCUAAAUGCAGCUUUGUACAUUUUAACGUGAAAUUUGAAACUGCUUUUUGAGACCUUGUCAUGUAAAGCCACACUAAGGUGAAGAAUUGUAUUUAAUUGUUCUCUAGAUAUCACACGGUACAAGUAAACAUCCGGUUUGCAGAUCAGCACUAUACUUGUGUGCAUGUUCAUUUGUCGGUAAGUUGGAUGUUGGUAAUUGUACACAUCAUGCUUUGGGUCUUUACUGGUAGUGUGACCUAAAGUCCUGUAGCAAGAUGUUCCAUGUCUUUCAUUCAAAUAAAUGCCAUUGUUUUGUUGUAAAAAAAAA